AUGAAUGUUGUUCUCACGAAGAAGGUUCGCAAGGGGCGCGUGGGUGCCGGGUUGCCCUUUGAGCCCUGGGACAAUCCCAAUUGCGAAUUGCCACCUCGGGUUUUGCAAGAUGUCAACUCUCGAGAAACCGAGUCUUUGCCACCGGGAACGCAGCCGUUGUUGCCCAGUCAAAUCCUCGAAGUUUCCUCGUCUUCGCCGUUGGACAUCUCCGAAAUUCGACGUUCCCAUGUCGACAUUUCUCCCCCUCAUCAGGAUGUCGACAUUGCGCCCCCUUCGCACGGGUUAGAAAGCCAACCCGAUCAGCAAUAUGGCUAUCUUUCCCCCUACAAUUCUGGCCCGGAGUCGAGUGAAGAGGGACACACCUCGCAUGGUCAGCCUGCCACGUUUGGCGAUACCUGUCAGUAUACUGCACUGGCGAACACCACGGACCUUGAUCACGAAACCACUGGAAAGGCCUCGACAAUACCACCUUUAACACCUCCCGAUUACGACUAUCUCUCGCCCAUAUCAUCCCAAGCAUCCCCCUUUGAUCUAUCACCUCCAACUCGGGCAUCACUCGCACGAUCCGUCUCUAACUCCUCGACAUCUUCCGCAAGCUCCAACGAAGGCCUUGACCCAGGUGCCAACCAGGAUUUCCGUUUCCCUUUCAAACGUGAAUCGUACCAUCGCCUUGAUGCAGUUCCAGACCCUUUCGAAACGUCGACGAGCACCAGCCCGGGCCAAACGAGCCCAUCUGGGUUGGACGAUGGGAUCACUGGCCACUUCUACGCGAUGACGAGGUCCUCCUCUGACGACAGUGACUCCUUGAAGUCCCCUCCGGAAUCCGAAUACAACCAUUCGCCAUUCUCGUUUACCUCCACUUCAUAUUUUCCGCCGUAUGCCUGCACCAAGGCAUCCGUGGACCGUGUUGCGAGUUGGAGAAUGGGGAGCCAAACAGGACCGGGAUCAUCGAGCUACCUUUCGGACUUGGAUUUAAGCGAUCCCUUGCACAGCCCAACCUUGUCGAAUAGAUUCUCGCCUGCUCUCGGCGAGCAUGAAGGCUCCAGUGCAAACGGCCAUGCAUGCAUGCAGGAGAGUCUUCACAGCUUCACCAAUCCCGCCAAGUUUACGCUCCAAGAUCCAGGUUUCGGUGGGCCCCUAAUUCGCGAGUCGCUUGCAUCAGGCGCGACCACCGAUUACGUCCAUGAUUUACGUACCGGAUUCUUGAGUCCAAGCGAGUUGGGUGCGGGCUCGUGUCCAUCCUCUGCGGAUACAAUUCGAGCCAGUCAUGGGCCAGGAACGCUUGGGAGUGGAGGGGACGCAGAUCACGAGUUCGCUGGAAAUGGUUAUGCUCGCGCGGAGGUUCAUGAUUCAUGCUUUACUUCCGAGCAUUCGCCUGCACUGUUGGGGGCUAGCGUUGCCGGAAUCGAGGACGGUGGUGAUGGACCAAGGCUUGGAGGACAAGGUUCUGAUGAUGAGCUUGGCCUCGAGCCAAACCCUAAGAAGGCAGGCUUAAAUUCGGAUGGCAUGAUGUCGUCACACACUCUCUUUGACAACGACAACGACAUGUAUCGUGCUCAGCGCUUCACGCCUACCUCCGCUGGUGGACACCCGGGGAACAUGGAUUAUGGAUACGGAUAUGGAGCGGCAGUGGAUGGCUCUGGGAGGGACUCUGGAAACGGUGCCGUGUAUCGUACACACUCAGGGUCGAACCAGGACCACGGGAACAGUGCGGCCUAUUACACUGCCUCAUCUCACUAUACGACUGGACGUGGACGCGGUGGAGAUGACGACGACGAUGGACAGGACGAUCGACGACGAAGACUCCCUCAAGGACCCUACAGUCACGCUUCGAAUGGUGCCAGGUCGAUUAGCUCGUCUUCUCGCCCUUCCACCUCUGCCUCUGAAGACGAUCAAGAUUCAGAUUCGACGGACGAUUACGGCCAGCCUUCUGGAUUUAAGACCCAUCACGCACCCCCACCAACGGCUUCUAGUGCUCUAUUCCCGUCGACUCCUGGACAGGGCGGAGGAAGCUCUGACGACGACGACGUACCUCUUGCCCAGCGCAUUCCCACUGCGUUGACUGCACAGAAGUCUAUCAGAAAGAAGGUUCGGGAGGAAAGGGAACAGCGACGUGCAAAGCGGGAACGUGCAGGGACUGCUGGGGAAUCAUCCGAUGCCGCUAUCCGGGAACGCGAGCGACACGCGACUUUACGACCGGCAGGUGCUGGGGGACCUCUGCUCCCUCCUUUGGCACUCUCCAGUUCAAUGGAAGCUGCGUUUCACGCGACCACAAGUGCACAGCCACCGUUACCUUCCACAGCUCACCCCACACGGCAGCGGACCUUGACAAUGCCAAGCAAACCCGCCCCACCCCCGCUCGCUGUCCCAUUCUCCGCCGAAGAUUUAACCCUACGGCUACAGAACGUCCAACUAUCGCAAGAUCACCUGCGCCAACCCAUCACCCCAGGUCCCCCAACAUACGAGUCCCACGGGUUUGCGAGAACGUCUUUCGACACCUCCGAGAGAACUCCCGUACCAGUAUCUUCGGGACAUGCUCGAGGACGCAGUGAUAAGGGAGCUGCAGGAAGUCCUCCCAGCCCAACGCUUUCCAAGCCUUCAUUGCGGCCCAUGCGGUCAUUCAACCACGGGGAUCGUCGAAAAUUCUAUGAGGAGCAGCAAUCCGUUCCCUUACCCAAGGACGCUGAGCAGAAGAUCGCCUUAUCUCGGCAAGCCACCAUGUCCCGCCCUCAAGUCAGUCGCUCACGCGGUGAAUCUAUCUCUGCUUCUGCAGCUGCAUCAACGCCGCAUUCACCUGCUGGCAGAUAUCGCAGUCUGUCCGUGACCAGGCGUGGCGAUCAUCACCCUUCGUCAGGGUAUGAUGAGUUCGGGGUCCCACUACCCCCUGUGCCGCCUUUGCCUACGAACCCAGGUGAACCCACUCAGCAGAUGUCCAGGAAACUCGUCAAACCCCAAUCACAUUCUGGUCGUCCAUCGUUGGAAGAAGCUCGUCGCCCUGUUACCAAGUCGCCGAAUCCUCCUCCAGUGCCUCUUCCUGUUGACAGGAGCCAGAUCGUUCAACAACGUAUCUUUAUCGGUGAUAUGCAGCGAUUCAACAUGGUAGAAAUCGCAUCUUCAACCACUGCUGGUGAUGUCGUUGAGAUGAUCGAAGCUCAAGGCACUUUGAAGGGCAUCAUCGGCAGUGGCGGUUGGAUGGUCUGGGAAGUCGCGCAAGACUUUGGAAUGGAGCGCCCUAUUCGAAGUUUCGAACUGUUGUCUGAUGUCCAGGCAUCCUGGAAUAGAGACAAGAUGGUUAAUCUGUUCGUCUUGAAACUUACUCCCUUGGCGAUUCCUCUUAGCCGCGCAGCUAUUCCAUCGAGCUCUCCUGUUCACUCUGGGUACGUUGAAUGGGAGGUCAAGCGAGGCAAGUGGAGCAAGCGAUGGAUGCAACUUCGCGAACACUCCAUCUGGCUUUCGAAACGCGACAACGGCAAAGACGAAGUGAUGCUCUGCUCGCUUUCUAAUUUCGACGCCUAUCACAUCACCCGCUCUCACAAAGCUCCAAAGCCUUUUGCAUUUGCAGUCAAAUCGACCGACAACUUCUCGUAUUUCGAGAAUGCAGCCGACUACCUGCACACUUUCGCGUGUAAUGAAAAGGACGGGCGGAUCUGGAUGGAGAAGAUCUUGAUAGCCAGGUCCUAUGUAUUCCACCAGGAACGCCAAGUUCUCUUCAACCCAAAGGCAGCUGGAGGCAACGCUUCAGGGGCGCUAUCACGGGCUCCAACUUCUGCCGGCAGGAAAUCUACAUCUCAACGCCCUCCAGCCCCGCUUAUUUCUGUUCCUCCGCCGUACAAUCCCAAACCUCUGCCAUCAAGCAGUAACCCGGUCUUCGAACCAGGUACACUCUUGCAUGGCAAGCCUUGA